CAGACAACCUCGACAACUUUUCCUCGAUUGCACCAGCCAGCCCACUCUGAUCGGGUUCCUUCAGAUGCUCUAUUGGCCUCUACCGAGUGUUCCACUGCCAAUAUAGAUGUGAUCCGUGCACAGCCCCGUCCUAUUCGACCAGCUACAAAAUCUUCGCUUCCUCAUUCAGCUACCAAAUCAACUCCAUUAUCUUUCUUUUCUUCUGCUCCUCUUAGUUCUCAGGCGACACUUACCGUCUGUGACAAUUCCAGCAGUGCCUCUUUGAACACAAUCACUCUUUCUACGACUAGUGCUCAUUCCUCUUCUCCUUUUCCAGUCUGUGACCAAUCAAUAAACGAUGCUUUUACUCCUAUUUCGUCUAUAGAUCUAUCCAGCUCGAAAGCCUCAUUAUUUCCCACUGUAUUUCUUGCCAGUUCCUCUGUUUCAAGCGCCCUACCUCUUCCUGUUCACUCCAGCCUACCGGUUUCUAACUGUUCAUCCUUCUCCACAACAAACUACUUGAGCACCUCUAGCUCUUUGUCAGCCAUCAAGGAAUUUAACAAGGCCAGAAAAUUACAUCGCCAUGUGUCCGAUGGUGUGCAGACUAUUGGGGCUCGAAAUCCUGUAUGGAACAAGACAUCUGUUUUGAUUAGACCCAAUUUAGUUUUAAUUUAUCUUUACUUCUAA